AUGGAUUUUUCAGAUAGCGCACUAAAUUUAGAAGUAGGACAGCAAUAAUACUUAUGUAUUGAGAAUAAAGAUAUUCUUCAAGAUUGCACUUCUUCUUCACAAGUUCUUAUUGGAAACUUUACCUCAUGUAAUAUUUUAAAAUGCUUUAAAGCUAUAGGCAAUGUGAAUCAGAAAGAAGCAAUCUUUCUCAGAGCUAAUAAUACUUUGGAGAUUUAUGAUAUAUCUAAUGAUAAGUACUCAUAUAUGGGAAAAUACCAAAUCCCCAAUGCUAUAUGCAGUGAAAUUACUGGAGUAAGAAUGACUUGGAAGAACAAAUAUGCUGUAGUGCUCUACAUAUAGCAUGAUAAAUUAAUCACAUUAGAAUUUGAUGAGGAAAUUCAUGAAUUCAAAGUAAUAGCAAUGCACAACUUUGAAAACGAGAAUGCUCUCAAAGACUCAGGAAAGCAAUUUCCUAUCAGAGGAAAACUUAGAUCAAUUCAUUCUAAGUUCUUCUCAUUGUUUGGGUACUUGUCUGAUGAUCAUACCUUUGUCUAUGUUGAAAUGAGAUAGGCUGUAGUAUCGGAAAAUUUCAAAAUCAAAUCUAGUUCAGGCCAUAGCAAUUUACUAAGUUCCAAUGUACCCGAUCAAAUCAGAGGUCUUAAGAAAAUCAAUGAGAAGUAUUUAAAUGCAUGGGGACAAGACAUUGAACUUUAUUAUAAGCCAGCUAGAUUUUAUAACCUCUGGCAAUCUCAAAAAAUUCAAGCAAUUAUUGAUAUUGAAAUUAUUCCUAUGGGGAAUCAGAAUAACUGCUAUUUAUAUGUACUUCAUCAAUCUAAUUUUGAAAAGACUGUGGGAACUAUUACUAAGUAACCAAUAACUAAACUAAGUAUAUUUGAGUUUGCUCAAGAGGAUAAAGAUAAUUCAGAUUUAGUUCAUUUAUACACAGUAGAUUUCAUCUCAUACUAUGCAAGAAACAUAAUCAAAGCUUCUCCAAAAGAUGACUUUUGCUAUAUUACUAGCAACUGUGGCCUAUAUAUCAUAAGACAGGAGAAAUAAAGAUUUAGCUAUAUCUAAACUACUGGAAUGGCGACUUAUUUAGAGGGCCUAAACAACCCACCAACUGAAAAAACAAUGGUGCCAUCAGAGAGUUUGACAUCAGUCAAGCAUGUAAUUGAUGCCAAGAAAAUUGAAUUAAAAUUUGAUGGAUGCACUAGAUUUAAAGGCUUGACUGGUAGAAGAUUGCUAAUAAUGACAGAGAAAGGAGCAGUUUAUAUUAUGCAUUUGAUAUUUGACUAAGCUGAAAUUGAUGUAGAUGAUGUCCUCUUUACUAAAGUUUAAUGCGAUUUACCAAUUAUUCCUUCAUCUAUAAAAACAUUUGAAAAAUAAGACUAGAUUAUCGUUCUUGUUUCAUCAUAUUAUAAUGACUAAGCUUACUAUAUUUUGAAAGAGAAACUUUAAGUUGAUGAAUAGACUCAGAGAGUCAAGGCUAAUGAGGACUCAUUAAGUUAUAUCAAGCAAAAAUAGCUGAUGACAUACGAAAUGAGUUUAGUAGAUAAUUUGAUGACAUUAUCUCCUAUUGCAGAUGUAAUGGUAAAUGAAGAUGUGAAUAAGUCAGACUAACUUGAUUUUAUUUGCACCUCAGGUUAUACUCUUAGAUCAAGCAUAAAUUUUAUCAAAGAAGGUAUACCAUUUGAUUCGAGGGUGCUCUCAAAGGAAAUAUCCAAUAUCCAGAGGGUAUUUACAAUAAGAGAUAAAAAGCAAGCGAACUCCUAUGAUUCUUUCGUUGUGGCAAGUCAAUUGAAUUCUACUUAUGUACUUGCAUUAGUUGCAAAUGAACUCAAGAUAUUAGACCCAUCUUAAUCAAACUAUGAACUAGCCGAGCCUACCAUUUAAUGCUUUAGUGUAGGAGUCUAAUCGCCUUAACGGAUAGUUCAAGUAACCCCUUCAAAACUUAUCCUGUUAACACAUGAUGCAAAAUUAAUAAGGUCUCUAGAUAUAUCAAUGGAGCAUUAAUCAAAUGUCUCUAUAGUCUCAUCCUCAAAAGAGCAUUUAGAAUGUAGUGAUUGUAUUUUCAUUUUGCUUUCAAAUGGAAGUUUGAGAUGCUAUAGCACUAUAGGUCUAUCGUUAAAGUUCCAAAAAUGCUGUGUAAAGUUGGAUAAUCAAAAUCUUACAAUCACGGCUUUGUCUACCACUACAAUUAAAAACCUAGAUGAUUAUCUAAUACUCACUUUCUAGGAAAAAGCCUAAAUGAGAAUUUACCUGAUAGAUGAUCUUAGUAAUGAGCUAAAGCUGAUUUAUCAAGUUAGAGGAGUCACUGAACAACUUCCGUUUUUACCAAAUUUAUUAGAGAACUAAAGGCAUUUGGAUUUGAUUUCUAGGUCUGUGACAGAUCUUUCAAUCAACAUUGAAGGCGAUUAUCAUAUUUCUGAGAUUCACAAGGAAUAUAAAUAUGUGACAGAAGUAGUUCUGAAAUAAAUUGAAUCAAGAAUAAUCUUGGUUAUGACAUUAAGUAAUGGUAUGAUUAUUGCUUAUGAGAACUUGAUGAACUUCCCUGACAUUAAAAAGGAGAAAUUUAGAUUUAAGUUGAUUGAGGCACAAAAUUUGAGAAAAGAUUUAAAAGAUUGGGGAUAAUAAACAUUUCAAAGAUAAAAGCAUGCUCUUGCUAAUGACAUUUAUGUGGAUAAUAAUUUGAUUAUUAUACAUGAUAAGGAACAUUAGAAACCAAUAAUGAUUACUUGCAAGAAAAAUAAAUUCUAUUUCCAUAAGUUUUUACAGAUUCAAGAUAAUGAAUCUAUUUACUCGUUAGCUUAGUAUUGCUAGCAAGGAUUUACAAAGGAUUCAUGUUAUUUGUAUGUAGAUAAAUCAAAUGAAACUUUGAAUAUCCUAAAGAUUCCAAAUAUGUUUAAUCCUAAAAUUGCUCCUGUUCUUGAUAAUUUUGUCAUUAGGCAAGUAACCUUCAAUAAAUGUAUAAGAAAGCUAACGAAAUAUACAGACUCAAGAACUAAAAUUGAGUAUUUGCUGGUCUCAUCAUUUUAAGUGGUUAAGGGAGAAUACGCCUCAGAAGCUCCAGGCAGUUCACUUAGUGCUUCAUUAUCUGAUGAAUAAAAAGCAUAAGGUGUAUAAUAUGAGAUGGAAGUGAUACCAAUGCCAAAGCAUGGAAAAUGGAGAAGCUACUAGAGCAACUUUGAAAUGGUCAAUAUGAUCUUAAAAUAAUAGUUUAAAACAGAUGAGAUGAUAGUAUGUAUGGAAGAAGUAAAGUUACAAUUAGGAGAUUCUCCUGCAAUAAAAAAUUUCAUUGCCCUAUCAACUAUCAAGAUAGAUGCUGCAAUGAUAGAGGAAGGAUUCUAUAACUCAUUUCUCUAUUUAUAUGAGAUAGAGCACUAAGAGAGGAGACUCAAAUUAUCAAGGCUUGAAUAAUGCCAGGGAAUUAUAACCUGCUUAGGUGAUUAUUAUGGGAAGCUGAUGACUGUUUAGAAAACAUAAAGACUAAGAGAUCAUUCAAUAGUAUUUUACUAAUUCUAUGAUCAGGUAGCUAAAUUUGAGCCUAAAUUUCAACCUUAAAGUAUUGAGACCCUAGGACUGCAUAUAUCCUUUGAUGGAGAUCAUAUAUUUGUUGGUGAUAGCUAAAGAAACUUAGGUGUUUUAUGGUUGAGAGAUGAAGAAUAUCUGAAAAGAGAUAAGGUUGAAGCAUUAAGUUAAGUAAUUCAGCUCAAAUAUAUGUUUGGCAAUACCCUAGAAACUAAAGUGAUUGGAGUUUAUUCUUUAAGAAUACAAGGUCCUCAUGACCCACUUAAUCUUAGAAGACUUAAUGAAGUUGAAAAAUAGCUAUUAACAUUAAUAACAGCAAGUGAUGAAGGAUAUCUUAGGCUAUUUUAGAUUAGGGAGGAAAAACUCUUAGAAUGUGUAGCUUAGUUGAAUAUUCAAGAUAAGAUUAAUAAAAUGAUACCUCUUCCAACAUAUACUUCUGAAAUAAAGAGGAGUUUCUUGGUUUUGCCAAAAAGAGGAGGCAUUUUGAAGGUUUCAUCUUUAUCAGAACAAGAACAUUUGGGAUUAGAGUCUAUGAUGCAAAUGACAUCUCGAACAUUACCUUCUAGAGGAAGUCUUCCACCUAUUUUCUCUCAUAUUAUCCCUAUAGUUCCUUACCAAGAGCAAGAUUAAAUAAUGAAAAGACUUAAUCAAAAUUCGAUAAACAAGAGAGCAUUAGGUAAUUACUAUUUUAUGAAUUAUAACAUGCAAAGGGCUAUUGCUGAAAGAAUUGGUUAUAGUGUUUCAUCACUGAACAGUUAUUUCGUCUGA